AUGCCUCGCGACAAGGAGCGUUCGGUCAACCCUGCCAUGGCGCAGCGGAAGCUGGAGAAGCAGAAGAAUCUCAAAAAAGGCAAGGCUGAGGCGCUAGCCCGCCGGAACGAAAAAUUGGCCCGUCGCAAUCCAGAGCGCAUCCAGCGGCAAAUCAACGACCUGAAGGAAAUGGAGCAGUCAGGACAGGGCAUGCGACCACGUGAGAAAGAGCUCUUAGAAGCUCUAGAACGGGAUUUGCGGGCCGUGCUGAAAGCCCGAGAAGCAUUGGGCGAUAAGGCACCCAAAUUUGCGAGCUCGCAACAUAGGCGGGGGGAUGAUUACACGCGGGACAUUGGGGUACUGGGGAAGCGGAGGCGAGAGGGCCACGGACGGCUCGGAGAGCAAGAUAGCGAUAGCAACGAGACCGAUGAGGAAGUGCGGAGGAUACCCAUGCCGCGAGAUACGCCUCCACCUAUCCCGCGCGAGUACCAGAGGAGGAACGAGGCAAAGAGAGGCAGCGAGGGCCGGGGCCCGCAUUCCCUUCCGACGACGCCUCCGGUGACAGAAUUGAGGACAGUCUACGAAGCAAAACCAGAGAUCCGUGAUCUACGACAAGAAGCCGUGAACAAAUUCAUCCCAGCUGCAGUCAGAAUGAAGCAAGAGUCAAUACGGGGCCAAGGGAAGCUGUUAGAACCAGACGAGCUGGACCGUCUUGAAAAAGCCGGGUAUAAUGCCGGCCCUGCGAAGGCGGAAACAACCGCUGAAGACCACGAAAGACUCCUCGAUGAAGAGCGACGGUUCAACCAAGAACUACGGUCUGUGCAGAUCGAGGACGUCGAAGAUGAGGAAGCAUGA